AUGGGAACUUUCAAAAAAGAGCAAAGCAGAGUGGGCCGUGAAGGCGCCGAAAAGAAGCCCGGUAACUUGCGUGUUAAAGGUGAAAACUUUUAUCGUGACGCCAAAGAUGUUGCUAAGGUGAACAUGUUUCGUGGCGGUAAAGCCAAGCACAAUGCACAAGGUGAGCUAGUACGUGCCGCUGACUUUCAAUCCAAUGAAGUUCCAAAAGCUCGUGUUCAACCAGAUCGUCGCUGGUUUAAUAACACUCGAGUCAUUGCACAACCUACGCUUACUCAGUUUCGUGAAGCUAUGGGACAAAAGGCAAAUGAUCCUUAUCAAGUUUUGUUAAGAAGAAACAAAUUGCCAAUGUCUCUUCUAGAGGAAAAUUCUCACAUUCCUAAAGUUCGUGUCCUUGAAUCCGAACCAUUUGAUACUACAUUUGGUCCUAGAGCACAAAGAAAGCGCCCAAAGCUUGCCGUUGAUUCUCUUUCCGAUUUAGCAAACGCUUCGAGCGAAAGACAAAAUGCAUAUGAAGAAAAAGAAGAAGAGCGCAUUUUGUCGAAUCCAGAGCCGGAAAGUGAUGUUACGAUGGCUGCCCGGGAUGCUAUUUUUAACAAAGGUCAAUCAAAACGUAUUUGGAAUGAACUUUACAAAGUUAUCGAUUCAAGUGAUGUUUUGUUACAGGUUUUGGAUGCUCGUGAUCCCAUGGGAACACGAUGCCGAUCUGUUGAGCGCUAUUUGAAAAAAGAGGCUCCUCAUAAGCAUAUGGUUUUGGUUAUUAACAAAAUUGAUUUAAUUCCAACUUCUGUUGCGGCGGCUUGGACUAAGAUAUUAGCAAAAGAGUAUCCUACAAUUGCAUUCCACGCUUCUAUCAACAAUUCUUUUGGUAAAGGAUCUCUUAUCCAGAUUUUACGACAAUAUGCCUCUUUGCAUUCUGACAAGAAGCAAGUUUCUGUAGGAUUGGUCGGAUACCCGAACGCAGGGAAAUCAAGUAUUAUCAACACUCUUCGUAAGAAAAAAGUCUGUAAUGUUGCACCCAUUCCAGGCGAAACAAAGGUGUGGCAAUAUGUAACGCUCAUGAAGCGUAUUUUCUUAAUUGAUUGCCCUGGUAUUGUACCUCCCAGUUCUACCGACUCAGAUGCGGACUUGUUACUGAAGGGUGUUGUACGAGUGGAAAAUGUUAGUAAUCCAGAAGCUUACAUUCCCACCGUCCUAACUCGCUGUAAGACUAAGCAUUUGGAGCGUACGUAUGAGAUUACUGGAUGGAGCGAUUCAACUGAAUUCCUUUGUAUGCUCGCAAAGAAGAGUGGCCGUUUAUUAAAAGGCGGUGAGGCUGAUGAAGCUUCCAUUGCAAAAAUGGUAUUGAAUGACUUUAUGCGAGGCAAAAUCCCUUGGUUUGUUGGUCCUAAAGGUUUGUCCUCUUCUGAGGAGGAUGCAUCUAAAAACGGAGAUACUUUGACCGAAGAAACAAUUGGAGAAGAAGGUCAAGAAGAAAAUACAAAUGAUGACGGUAAAGAAGGUGCAGAGGAGUGGAAUGGAAUAGAGGAGUCAAAGGAUGCUCCGUCAGCUGACGAAAAGACGGUUGCUGAAUCUGUUACUGAUGAGUAG